GCCGGGGAGACGGGCUAAGAUGGCGGACGACCUGGAUGCGCUGCUAGACGAGGUAGAGAACAAGUUUUGUCGUCUCUCGAGGCGGGACUGCUCGGAGCGGCUCCGAGCCAGCCAGGGGCGGAAAAGGGACCGCCUCCUUGAGAAGGAAGAAGAGGCGGAGGCUGAGGCGGCCGCAGCGGGGGAGAGGGCCAGAUUUACUAAAAUAUUGACAAAAGGAGCCAAUGAAGAAGAGGACAUAGAUGAAAUAAUUAAAGAUAUAGAUGAAAAUACUUAUGCCAGAAAUUUCACAACUCCUAGAUCAUUCAGCUCGGCAUCUGAAAAUAACAAUACCUCCACUCAAACCCAUGGUAAGAAAUGUUGCCCAGUAUACCUAGGUGGAAGCGCAGCAUCAUAUGGUAUUGGAACAAAUAUUUCACAGAGAACUUGUGAUCAGUUACGUUGCACUGCAUGUGACUUUCGUGUUUUGCAUUAUAAUGACUAUCAGUGGGAUAAAUCAUGUGAUUACCUCUUUUUUAGGAAUAACAUGCCUGAAUUCAGCAAAUUGAAAACAAAGAUGCUAAUGAAGAAGGGGUCACGAGCCUAUGCCUGCCAAUGCACUUGGAGAUCUAUAGAUGAAUUAACAGAUCUCACUAUGGACCGACAGCUCCGUUGGGUUUGUAGCAAACAUAUUGGCUGAUGUUGGCUUGUUUUCUGCAGUAUUCAUGUCUGUAUGAAAAUCAUCUGUUCAUUGCUCGGCAUCAUGUAGGAUACACUGAGGAUGCUCUGUGUAGAUCUUACUGUUCCAGUAUAAAGUGAGCACUUUGCAUUAUGAACUCACUAAUUUGGCUAUAACUGUCCAAAGGCUUAACAUCUAAUUGCUUAUAGAACCAAGCUAGCAAAAUUGUUUUCAUUAAAUGUUACACUGGUAAAGGUCUUUGGAUUUGACAGCUCCUUCCACUAACACCAAUAAAAGAAUAAUAAAACUGAAAAGAAAAUGCUUCCCAGAAAAGACAUGUGAAAAUCUUAUUCUUUGACUAGAGCACUAGCUUAAUAUGGUUAGUAAUCUGUUAUGGUGUCUGAAAUAUAAAAUAUUUAGGCACUUAAUAUAUUUUGAUGGAGAUUCUGAUAAUUCUGCUCUUAUCCGGCUGUUGUUAUAGUCAAAUUAAUGCAAACUUACAGCAGUAUUAUCUUAAACCUUGUAUGAGAAGCUGAAUUAUGCAAUUAGAAUAGCAGGCUAGUUCAAACUGACAAAGAAAAAGACACUGCAGCUCCAAAAUUCUGAAAAACAUAAUUACUAGUUACAAACCAUAUUCAUAAUGCCGUUUCAAUGCAUACACACAUGGAAGUAAACCCCACUGGCACUUGCUUCCAAGUAAAUAUGCAUUGAAUUGGGCUGUACACUGUUUAUUUUCAUCUCUGGUCAUCUUGCAGAGUUUUUCCAAUAAUGAGCAUCAUUAGGAGCCAGAAAGUUUUCUGAAUUAAUAUUUUGAAUCAACUGUGCUUCUUUGUGAAAGGCACAAGUAUACAUAAAAUUAGAUGGAGGGUGUCUUCAUCUUUCAAUCACUGCACAGCAUUUAAGCUAAUCAGAAAAUGGUCAAAUGCCUUUUUUAUUGUCGUUGUUGGCACAUUUGAGUGUUUUGUUUAAAUCCUAAAAUCAAAAUAUUAUAUAAAGGUUGUCCUGACUUAUUGUAUCUGUUUUCCUCUUCUGGUCAUAUCAUGAUUUGCUAAGUUGUAUUGACCAAAUAUGUCCAAAAUGUAAUUCUUGUUUAUAUUUAAUUUUUCCAACCUGUAAUAUGUCCAACCAAUAAUAUGUUUAGUAAUUUUUCUGUAGCACUGAAAAUUUAGAAAUGGAUUGUAGUUUAAAGAUUUAUAACAGGUCAGUAGUAAACAAUAUGACUGAAAUAACAGCAUGCUAAAAUAAUAACUAUAGUUCAUUACUUUAUCAGAAACACAUUACACACAAAUAGGUGCCGUUGAUUUCCGUUUUUUAUAAUGUGGAAUAUGAUUAGAAUUAUAAUACAAACAAUUUUGGUAUUAUUAUGCAAAAAAUAAUACAGAUAAAAUAAUCUGUUUAGAAUCAUAAUGCAAAUAAAUUCAUAGCUAAGCCUGUAUAACAUGGAAAUCAAUCCCUGCUCAGAUUUUUUCUGUAAUGCUAUAAUCAUUAAAACAUUAUGUUCUUGGCAUUUCUGAGUAAAAUUAUUAUAUUUCAUAUAUCAGUUGCUCAGUGCAAUUCUGGUUAUUGGUCCUGAUGAUAUGGUAUUACUUAGUUAAUAAAUGUGAAACUUGUGGAGCAUUUUACAAGAAAGUACUAUAUAACUGCACUAUUGUUAAUAAUAAUAAAUAGUAAUAGCAGGUGAGUUGGGGAAUAUAGAUACUAACAUUCUUUGAAUGUGUUGAUCACUCAGUUGGACCAUUCAUAUUGGCUGUUGAGUAGAUGUUUCUUGAAAGCUAGUAUGAUGGCUGUGCGGUAUGUAGCAACUUACUUCCACUGAUACCUCAUAUGUAAGUAUAUGUAUGCGUACACUAACCUCUAUGUACAGUAUGUGGAUAAUAAUGGCUUAGCUUACAGUGAAGAUCCUUAGAUUAUGUAUGUUAACCACACUGAAUUUAUUCCUUAUAAGUAUGCAUCGAAUUCUCUUGUUAUUCUUCAAGCUCAGUUGUUUGAUAAUAGCAGAUAGCUUGUAAUCAAAUAUCAGCUGUCUUUUGAAGAACCUGUCAGUUACAUUAUCAGUUUGAAUGCCUUCAUUAUGCUAUACCUCAGGCCAAAUACAGUUUAUUUGUGUGGUAACAAUAUACAAUUCUGACUCUGUCCUGUUUUCUUUGAUCCCUUCAUAUACAGGGUAGGCAUGUGUUGUUUUUUUAG